CCUAGUAGGUCAGUUAGGCAACUCCACUGAGUCCCUCGAGUCACCUGCUGACCGGGCAGACACAUAAGCUAGUGGGAACAAUAAAGUCCAGACUUUGAAGAAGAAAAACCUUUUCAGCUUCAUACUCUGUCUCUCGGUUUCUGGGCCUGAGUUUCCUAAAGUCAUUACCCUUGCAGGAGGAGGAAAAUGCCUGAGCUAAAGUACAUUUCUGGAUUUGGAAAUGAGUGUGCUUCAGAGGACACACGCUGUCCAGGUUCCCUGCCACAAGGACAGAAUAAUCCUCAGGUCUGCCCCUACAACCUGUAUGCUGAGCAGCUUUCAGGAUCAGCUUUCACUUGUCCCCGGAGCACCAAUAAGAGAAGUUGGCUGUACAGGAUUCUACCUUCAGUUUCUCACAAGCCCUUUGAGUCCAUUGACCAAGGCCAUGUCACUCACAACUGGGAUGAAGUUGAUCCUGAUCCUAACCAGCUUAGAUGGAAACCAUUCGAGAUUCCAAAAACCUCUCAGAAUAAAGUGGACUUUGUGAGUGGUCUGCACACUUUGUGUGGAGCUGGAGACAUCAGGUCUAACAAUGGACUCGCUGUCCACAUUUUCCUGUGUAAUAGCUCCAUGGAGAACAGAUGCUUCUACAAUUCAGAUGGGGAUUUCUUGAUUGUUCCCCAAAAAGGGAAGCUCCUCAUUUACACUGAAUUUGGCAAGAUGUGCGUGCAGCCCAAUGAGAUCUGCGUCAUUCAGAGAGGAAUGCGGUUCAGCAUAGAUGUCUUUGAGGAGACCAGGGGCUAUAUCCUAGAGGUCUAUGGAGUCCACUUCGAGUUACCUGACCUGGGACCCAUUGGAGCUAAUGGCUUGGCCAAUCCUCGUGAUUUCUUGAUACCCGUUGCCUGGUAUGAAGAUCGUCAAGUACCAGGUGGUUACACUGUGAUUAAUAAAUACCAGGGCAAGCUGUUUGCUGCCAAACAGGCUGUCUCCCCAUUCAAUGUUGUGGCUUGGCAUGGAAACUACACCCCCUACAAGUACAACCUGGAGAACUUCAUGGUCAUCAACUCAGUGGCUUUUGACCAUGCGGACCCAUCCAUUUUCACAGUGUUGACUGCCAAAUCUAUCCGCCCCGGAGUGGCCAUCGCUGACUUCGUCAUCUUCCCGCCUCGAUGGGGGGUUGCCGCUAAGACCUUCAGGCCUCCUUAUUAUCACAGGAACUGCAUGAGUGAAUUCAUGGGGCUCAUCAGAGGUCACUACGAAGCAAAACAAGGAGGCUUCCUGCCGGGUGGAGCCAGCCUGCACAGUGCCAUGACCCCUCAUGGCCCUGAUGCAGACUGCUUUGAGAAGGCCAGUAAGGCCAAGCUGGAACCAGAGAGGAUUGCUGAUGGCACCAUGGCAUUUAUGUUUGAAUCUUCCCUAAGUUUGGCUGUCACCAAAUGGGGACUCAAGACCUCCUGUUGUUUGGAUGAGAACUACUACAAGUGCUGGGAGCCCCUCAAGAGCCACUUCACCCCCAAUUCCAGGACUCCGACAGGACCUAAUUGAGACCAGGGCAUCUCUGCCAUAAUUGAGAAUGGAUUUGUCUGGUCUCUUUGAGAAUCUCAUGUUCUUGGGUACCAUAAGGUGGGGAGGCUGGUUAAAAUGAGAGCUCACUUUUCACAGUCAAGUAACUCAGAACAUUUGUGGGAACAUAUUUGGAAAGUUCUAUGACUAUCAGCUUAAUUAUUCAAUAAAUACUUUCUGGUGUUCUGUGAA